AUGGUGCGCUCAAUAACAACAUCACCUGCGCAAACAGGCGAAUUCCACGUAUCGACGGGGAACCGCAGCCUUUCAUCCGUGCACGCCAUCCUCAUCGAGAGAUCGAUCGAGCUCCCCUUCACCGCCUCAGACCAGCCAUCCAAUCCCAUCCACGAGCUGGCUUUAUUCACCAAACUCUAUGGAAGCGGGGGACAUCCAUUCAUGUACCCCCGACGACACCUGCAUCUUACCGCGCGGCACUUGAAUUUCACGCCCGGGUACCGGUAUCUGGGACCGACAGGGAGACCCGGAGCCCCCAGCACAUUCACCUCCAAGCCCAUGUCAACCUUCACGCUCCCCGGGUCCGAGCUGCGCAUCACAAGCACACCGGACCUGGGCCGCGACGAUCUGCUGUCCUUUCCUGCUUUUAAUAAUUGGAUCUCAACGCUGCAGAAUUCCCUAGCGCGUCAGUCUCAUCCGUCACACGAGUUCCAUGAGGACCCGUAUGUCUUGCGGACGAUUGACAUCCAGGCCGUGGACCGCUUUGGCGGUGGGCGGGUGGGCUUUGUCAAGUUGAAGGCGGAUGUGUCGAAUGGCCGAGGGGAGAAGUUACCUGGGAGUGUGUUUCUCCGCGGAGGGAGUGUGGGUAUGCUUCUCAUCCUUCAACCUGAUGAUAUCCCGGUCUCACAAGAGAAGGGCAAGCAAGCUAUUGUGACGAUUCAGCCUCGCGUUCCUGCGGGCUCUUUGGCAUUUGUUGAAAUCCCGGCUGGCAUGCUGGAUGACAGUGGGACCUUUGCUGGGGGUGCGGCGAAGGAGAUUCAGGAAGAGACUGGGCUGUCUGUUCAGCAGAGUGAACUGAUUGGUAUGACCUCGUUGGCUUCAGAACUAAUUGAAGACUCAGCUGCGAAUGGAGAGAACCUGCAGAAAGCGAUGUAUCCAUCUGCUGGGGGCAGUGAUGAAUUCAUUCCCUUGUUUUUAUGCCAAAAGCGAAUGCCCCGACAGGAUAUUGAAGAAUUGCAGGGCAAAUUAACAGGACUCCGGGAUCAUGGCGAGAAAAUCACAUUGAAGGUAGUUCCAUUGGAAAGUCUGUGGAAGGAAGGGCUGCGAGAUGGGAAGACACUGGCGGCAUGGGCGCUCUAUCAGGGGCUACGAGAAGCAGGGAAGAUCUAA